AAUAUCUUCCUUUUUCUACUUUCUUGUGAUGAGCCGGUUGACGUACCAAUGAGAAAUGUGUGGCCUAUCUGAUUUCUGCCUUAAACAGAAUGAAUACAUCGUCACAGCAUGAGAACUUGAUUCGCCGCUGCAGCACAAGCUGUUGCUACUGGUAAGACCCUGGUGCAUCUCUAGGACCUGCGAUGACAAGUCUUAACGGUAGCCAUGCAGAGAAAACUGGUGAAAUGUCUUCAAAGCAGCCAGCGCCAAAGGUGCAGGUUCAGCGAUCUGUCUCCCGAGAAACUAUCACCAUUCAUUUCUCGGCAUUUGGGAAGGAGGAAGAGGAGGAGGAGGAGGAAGAGUUUAAGGAGUCUCCCACUGUGGGACUGGACGACCAAAGCAUUGUAACAGCACUAGAAGCUAAGGAGGACCUAUGCUUUGAUCAUGGUGACUUUGACUAUUCUGGUCCCGCUACCUCGCUUAACAUGGCUGCAUCCCCGCUCACCACAUCUCCCACCACCAUGCCAACUCUAAAGCCGUUGGAGUCUUCAACAUCCCAAGUAUUCAGCGCAGUGCCAUUAGCCCUUUCGCCCUCUUCACAUGCGUGUCAUACCGCUAGCCCAUCCGGCGUGGCGUUGCCUUCGGAACUGAGAACCAGCUUAUCGUCUUCUCCGUUGUCCUCUCCUUCCAAGUCACUUGUUUCGUCUAGCGCGCCGUCCACUGUUACGAGUUCAAAGCCCUUCAUGAGUUUAGUGAAGUCUCUUUCAACAGAUGUAGAACCAAAAGAGCCCACUCCCCCCACGAGACAUAGACACCUAAUGAAAACCAUCGUGAAGUCUCUGUCGACGGACGCUUCUAAGCAGGAGUCGGAAAGCGUGCCCAGCAGACCACCGGACUCUAAGCUGAACUUGCACUUGUUCAAGCAGUUCACCCAGCCGCGGAGUACGGGGGGUGAUUCCAAAACUGCUCCCUCCUCUCCCUUAACGUCUCCUUCAGAUACUCGAUCCUUUUUUAAAGUACCUGAAAUGGAGGCCAAAAUUGAGGACACUAAAAGACGCCUUUCGGAAGUAAUUUAUGAGCCUUUUCAGCUCCUCAGUAAAAUAAUGGGGGACGAGAGCAGCAGCCACAGGCCCAAAGCCUUAUCUUCAAGUGCUUCAGAACUGUCCAAUCUUUCCAGCUUGAACGGCCAUUUGGAAAGCAAUAACAACUACAGCAUUAAGGAGGAAGAAUAUGACUCAGAAGGGGACUUCUAUGGAAGUGAUUCCAAUGUAAGUAAGAGUUGCAGGCAGCCCCAAAUAGCGGAAGAGUACGGGAAAGAGACCGAAACGAAAAGCUCUCCGUUGUUAAGCACAAAGGACUUCAAUUCCAAGGCAUCGCUGGUGCUGGAAAGAUGUUCCCUGUCUGCCUUGGCCAGCAAAGAUGAUGAGGACUUCUGUGAGCUGUACUCUGAGGACUUCUGUGUGAUAGAGGACGAGGGCAAAGCUGACAAACCGUCAGAAAGUUCACCGAAGAUGGAAAUGCCCGAGGAAAGCUCUACAUCUUUCAACAGCGAAGGUGACAUUGAACUACAGGAGCAACAGCUUAACCUUCCAAUGAAGACAUUAUACUUUCUCACAAUGUUGAUCUAUGCUUACCUUAUACUCCCUCUCCCUAGUUACUUCAAUGGACUCUUCUUGGGAGUUGCCAUUGGAUUUAUGAUUGCUAUCUUUGUCGUUUGGCUUCUUACACCAAGUGCUAGGUAUAACAGGCUACGUAGAUACGGGACUAGGCUGCUGAAUGCAGAAUCUCUGGACAUCAUCGAGCCUGAGAUAUUGAAGGGUUGGAUGAAUGAGAUCUCGAACUAUGAUCCAGAAACCUACCACGCUACUUUGACGCACUCCAUCUUCGUGAGACUUGAGGGAAGCACUUUAAGACUUUCGAAACCCAACAAAAAUAUUUCCAGAAGGGCUAUAUAUAAUGAAGCAAAGCCUGACGUGGUCUAUAUUAGCCAGAAAAUUUAUGACCUUACGGACAGCAAGAUUCAUUUGGUCCCCAAAAGCUUGGCUCGCAAACGAAUCUGGAAUAAAAAGUAUCCUAUCUGCAUUGAGCUUGGGCGACAAGAUGAUUUUAUGGCUAAGGCCCAGACGGAUAAAGAGACACUGGAGGAGAAGCCACCCUCAGAAAAGGCAGAGCCGAGCGGUGAAGAGUCCAAGAAACAAUCUCAGGAUGGAGCGAAGUCCGCUACCCAGAAGGAUCAAGUGCUUUAUCUCUUUGGAAGGACCGGUAGGGAGAAGGAAGAAUGGUUUAGGAGGUUCCUUACAGCUUCCAAAUUAAAAUCUGAAGGAAAAAAGCCAAUUGUAUGUGGAAACAAGCCAGGAUUUUUGCCAGCACACAGUAGAUCCAAUAGCCAGACGGGAGUUCUCACGCACAGUCGAAGCGGCAGUAAAGGAAGCCAAGAAGAAAUCCUCUCUCAGCCAAAGCAGAAGGAGCUGGCAGCCACCGUGAGACAAAAGAUGUUUCUGGAUUACAGUGUGUAUAUGGCGAAAUGCAUUCCCCAAGAACACCGAAGCCCCACCGCUAGCCCAGUUCACAGUGCUGACAGCAGCCCUACUGCCGCAAAGAAGUUGCCAGACGCCCAUAGUGAAGAAGAGGAGCAGGAAGCGUGGGUGAAUGCUUUGCUUGGAAGGAUAUUUUGGGAUUUUUUGGGAGAAAAGUAUUGGUCCGACCUCGUGUCGAAGAAGAUACAAAUGAAACUUAGCAAAAUAAAGUUGCCAUACUUCAUGAACGAGCUAACACUAACUGAACUAGAUAUGGGAGUUGCAGUGCCGAAAAUCCUUCAAGCCUACAAACCUACUAUUGAUUACAAAGGGCUUUGGAUCGACUUGGAAAUAUCCUACAAUGGAUCUUUUUUAAUGACCCUCGAGACCAAAAUGAAUUUGACCAAACUUGGUAAAGAGCCUCUGAGUGAAGCGCUGAAAGUUGGAGAGAUUGGCAAAGAAGGUUUCAGACCAAGGGCGUAUUGCCUGGCGGACAGUGAUGAAGAAUCCUCGAGCGCCGGCUCCUCGGAGGAAGACGAUGCUCUAGAGGCAGCCGGGAGCGAGAAGCCUUUAGCGCCAGGGGCAGAAGGUUACGUGGCAGGGCACCGAACCAGUAAAAUCAUGAGAUUUGUGGAUAAAAUUACCAAGUCGAAAUAUUUCCAGAAAGCAACAGAGACAGAGUUCAUCAAAAAGAAGAUUGAGGAGGUCUCGAAUACUCCACUGUUGCUAACUGUUGAGGUACAAGAAUGCAAAGGGACGUUAGCAGUUAACAUUCCACCACCACCUACUGACAGGAUAUGGUACGGUUUCCGAAGGCCACCCUAUCUGGAGCUAAAAGCUCGGCCAAAGCUUGGCGAGAGAGAAGUGACUUUGGUUCACGUGACGGACUGGAUAGAGAGAAAAUUGGAACAAGAAUUCCAGAAAAUCUUUGUCAUGCCAAACAUGGACGAUGUUUAUAUUCCUUUGAUGCACUCGGCCAUGGAUCCUCGUUCAUUGGUUUGCUCUCUAAAAGAUCCCACUGAAGAGACAGCUGAUCAGCCGUGAAAUGUGAAAACUGCAGUUUACAGUAUUAAGAUUUUUGUUUCAUUUUUUUUUAAUGAAAAUGUACUAGGUUUGUGUCCUUGUGCCACAUCGUUUUCCUUUUUGAAGAUGCUUUUAUGCCGACGGUUGCCCAGUUUUCCAGGCAUCGCUCCUAUCUACUUAAGUUAUGCAAGAUUAUUCCCGUUUCUAAAGUAGUUUGUAUCUAGUUUGCAGAGGCUGCUGUUGAGGUUUCAGCAUAGCAGCUAAUGUGCAAUUUUCUGCAGUAAAUUAAGGGGAAAAAAGAUUGCUAUUGAUCAGCUUUAUGGCACAAAUGGAGUUUAGUAUGGGGGCAUGCAACAGUGGUAAUGCACACAGCGCAUCGAUGGUCUGCCUCUCUUGCAGUCCAAUGAAACCUGUACCUCCCUAAGGAACAAAUCUGUAUAACUAGAUUUUUUUUUCUCUCUCGUGUGGGUUCGUUCUCUCUCUCUCUCUCAGGCAGUUGGAGGUGUAAAAUGAGCUGGAAUGUUCUUUCACUUCUGCAGUCAAUAGCUUGUGUCAAGCAAUUUUGAAAUAACUGUUUUCUGGAGUUAAGAAUGUAAAUUGGAUGUAUAGGUAAUAUUGUGAAUCACUUCAUGUGGAUUAUACAUAGUAACUUAUUUUUUCAUGAAAAAUCGCGAUUCUUUUGGAAACGAGUAGCCAUAUAACACAUGCAAACGUGCGCUGAAUUGGCUAGUGUGAGAUCCAGUGCUUUUCCAUGUGAAAGAAACAUUUGGUAAAAGCUAUGAGACCAACCCAUUGUAAGCCUUCUUAAACAAAAAAAGUGAGGUACACUGUGGCUUGUGAUUUUAAGAAUGCUAGACGCAGAGGACAGCAUCUAACGGUGUGUCCAUGUGUGUACACGCCACAAAUGAUCACAGCUAUCCUGUCUGGAGGUGUUCAGCUUGAUCGACUGAACUUGCAUUGUGUUUGUUGUUGCAAGUUCUCACUGCAGUAGCGUUUAUACACUAUGGCAGAUCCACACAUUCUUAAAACUGUCGAGUUGCAAAUCUUACGUGCAACUUGCUCCAUCAGGAAAACCUUUUUAGCUAUUGUUGGCAGCACCUUUUAGGCCAUCUUGGUGUGUGAAAAUAGGAGUAACAGGAACUGCAUCUGACUUUGAAAAGCACUACUUCUGAUAAUGACCAGUAUCUUAAAGAGAAACCGCCUCAGCUGUUUUCUUGUAUCAUGUGCAUAAAAAUCAGUCACUGUUCUGAACGCUACAUAACUAUCAACACCAGUAAUGGAAGUUUUUUUCCUGGUAAUAUUGCCAACCUACUUAAGAGAAUGUUAAUUUAGUUUACAAAGGAGGCAAGCUCUUGAGGUUGCCUUUUAAUAGCGUACUACGAUUCAAGUUGUUUUUAGAACUUUUUGUACAUUGCAUUGAGUUACUAUGCGUAAAACUUUUCAUGAUUUGCCUUCUCUAAAUGAAGGUGUUCAGAGUGAAGCUUUUUUAAAAGCGCCUUGCCUGAAGAAAUUAGCAUUUAAUAUGGUUUUAAGUAUUCAUAUUAUUUGGACCCUGUUUUUACCACCUAAGGUCCUCUGACCCAUUCUAUUUUGUGUACCGUUCGACUCUUCUCACAAUCAAAACAUGACUUGCCUCUUCUUCAAGUAUGCAUGUCUUGUUCACAGCUCUUUUAUCCAUGUGCAAUAACAAUCCGAGUCUAAAGACUAGAUGCACUAAUACGCAAAGAGAUUCAGAUCUGACACAAGUUACUUCAUUGCACUUCGUAAUUAGACUACGUGGGUUAUUACGAUGGGCUUGCUUUGUUUUCGGAAAUAAAUUUAUUCCCAUGUCAAAGACCUCCGAGUGUUAUUUCUGAACUGUUGGGAGGGAGGCAGCAACAGCAUAACCAGGAAGGCCUGCUGAAAAGAAAAGCUGUUUUCAUGAGUCCGUGUCUUCCACCAGGUGCAGGGAAUAAACUAGUUUAAGAUGCUUCUAGACUUCCAUUAAUUCUCGUCACUCAAGUAUCAUUUAGUGAAGCAAAGGCGAACCGAAUUCCCAAGUCCUCUACUGGAAUCUGAACUUUUACUGCAGACACAAAGCAUACAAAGUACCAAAGGAUUAAAUGUAACUUGCUUUUAAAAGAACCACUCAGGUUUCAGCUGAGCAGGACCAGUUAUAAGCAAGUGCUUUUUACUUUUGCACCGUAGCGUAGCCAGUGAGGCCAUAAAUGGGCCAUACCCUGGUUCAAAGGCAGUGCUUC